AUGACUGAAUUCUUGGUCAUUGACGCUCCUUCAGUGUACAACGUGAUCAUGGGGAGACCUAUGAUCCACGAAAUUCAAGGGGUAGUCUCAACAUACCAUCAAAUGAUGAUAUAUGUUUCGGAUGCCGGCUACCCCGAAAGAAUUGAGGGCAGCCAAAAGGAAGCCAGAAGGUGCAACUACCUCAAGCCAUCCACUAGCCGUUCGAAAGAUGACGACGAUGAGGAUGAGGAGGAAAAAGAAAAAGAAAAAGAGCCAAGUACGAAGAAGCCGAAAGGCCUAAGUGCUUCGGCCCAAGGAUCUCUGGCCAAGGAAAAACGGUCAGAGAAAGAGAAGGCUGGUUCUUCAUCUGAGCCGAACGACUCAAAGAAAGAUGACGACGAUGAGGAUGAGGAGGAAAAAGAAAAAGAAAAAGAGCCAAGUACGAAGAAGCCGAAAGGCCUAAGUGCUUCGGCCCAAGGAUCUCUGGCCAAGGAAAAACGGUCAGAGAAAGAGAAGGCUGGUUCUUCAUCUGAGCCGAACGACUCAGAGAACCAGCCGAAGAAAAAGUCUAGGACGCCUGCUGAUGUUGACAGCAGGCCAGAUGACGAAGAAUCCGGCUCCAAAGCAAUGGAGCUGGAUCAGCAGACUGAAACGGUGGAGUUGACCAAAGGAGACGCUGAAAAAUGUGUUACAAUCGGAAUGGAUCUCGAUCCAAAAGUCCGCGUUGAACUCAUCCAACUCCUUUGGGACAACCGAGAUGUAAAGGAAGAUAAAGACCAUGUUAAGGACCUAGCUGAAACAUUCGCCACCUUAAGGAAGCACCAACUGAAGCUGAAUCCAAAGAAGUGUAUCUUCGGAGUGAAGUCUGGAAAAUUUCUCGGCUUCAUGGUCAACAAGAGAGGGAUUGAUGCCGGUCCCGCAAAGGUGCAAGCAGCACUCGAUCUCCCUGAGCCGAAAACAAAAGGAGAUGUUCAGCGGCUCACUGAAAGAAUGGCAUCCCUCUCGAGGUUCAUCUCCCGAGCCUCGGAUAAGGGUCUACCCUUCUUCAAAGCCCUAAAACUUCCAAAAACCAAAGAGCUCAUCUGGGGAGACAAGCAAAAAGAGGCCUUCAAGCAGCUUCGGGAGCCUCUUGCUCAACUUCCUACGCUGGCUCAUCUAGCUGAAGGGGAAACCCUGUACUUAUACGUGGAUGUCAGCCCAGCCACCAUCAGUGCAGUGCUGCUGAGGGAAAAAGACAAGGUUCAACAGCCGAUCUAUUUUGUCAGUCACACUCUGACAGAUGCCGAGACUCGCUUCCCCCUACUCAAAAAAGUUGCUUAUGCAGUAGUGGUAGCAGCUCGGAAGUUGAGGCCCUAUUUCGAUUGCCAUCAAAUAGCUGUCUUAACUGAUUAG